AUGGUAGCAGAAUGCGUUAGACAAGAUGGGGGUGCUCAGAAGCGUUGCGAGACUUUAAUGGCUUGGUCCCUUCUAAUGCAGUUUAUUUUCUCUAAUGUGCGCGAUGGUUAUUAUGCUGAAGUGCGUCAACAACGGCGUUCUUCUCUGCCCCAGCAGCGAUUUUUAAUAAAGCAGAAUAAUUUGAAUAAUACAGUAACGGGGAGAGGAAGUUUGUAA